CUCGUGGUCUCUUCCCAACUCGCGCAGAGUCUGACGCGGGCUAACUACACUACUAGAUAGCAUGCGAGAGGCGAUACACGCCCUGCGUUGCAUCUUCUGGUGCCUCCGAGGUACGCAGAGCACGCGGAUUGAUCAGACCGCGUGGACACGUCCAGUGUUGGUGGGAUAGCUCAAGGCAAGAGCAAACUUCAGCUAGCCGACUCAGAACAAGUGCCAGGUACGAAGGAGAGAGAGAAUAGGCCGCAGAGGAAAGUGCAAACACGUAGCACACGUGCAAGGGUGGCACCACUGACUGACUACGCAUUAUCUCCCACAACCUCUGAUCAAGAGACGCAUGUAGACACGUCCAGUGUUGGCGGGAUAGCUCAAGGCAAGAGCACACUUCAGCUGGCUGACUCAGAACUAGUUCCAGGUACGAAGGAGAGAGAGAAGAGGCUGCAGAGGAAAGUGCAAACACGUAGCACACGUGCAAGGGUGGCACCACUGACUGACUACAGUAAGUUUUAUUAUGGUUUGUUUAAUUUUUAUAUUAGGUAAAUGUGUUGCUGGAACAUGUGAACAUACAAGAGCCAGGAAUUGGGUUCAGUGUGAAAGAUGCACCCAGUGGUAUCACUGCGUGUGUGUAAAGAUAUCUUUAACAAAAGCAAGAGAUGGAACCUUUAACUGUUGCUAAGCUUUUUU